GAGUGAGGUUGUAUAUGUUACAACGAAGUAUUAGACUUCAUUUCCAAAUACUGGACUCCAAAUGAUAAGGUCCAAAACUACUACAAGAAAAUCUUUGUUUACGCCAAGGAACUUAUUUUCCAGAGAAAAUGCCGACAACACAGAAAACAUUGAUGUUCUUGUCCAGCUUUGUCACAAGCCUUGGAUCAGUCGUCACAAUUUGUUCGAUUCUCGCCACGCAAGCAUGGGUCACCAGUACACUUGCUAUCAGGGAUACUUUUUCCAACGGCAGCGUUAUCAUCACUUGUGGUCUUUUUCGUGGUAAGAGUACUCAAGAAUUGGUUCAAGGACUUACUGAACCAGACAAAGAUUUUGAAGUUUUCCGGAUAUUGGAGAAUUCUUCUCCCAGAUCUCUGCAACUGGUCACUGUCCUGUUCCUGGUCCUCAGUUUGUGCGCUUCACUGAUGAGCUCUGGGUUCACCUUCUACAACAGCAUCAGCAACCCCUACCAGACCUUCCUGGGCCCAACCGGGGUGUACACCUGGAAUGGCAUCAGCGCAUCCUCCGUUUUCCUGACCAUGGUACUGUUUGUGGGAAACACACAAUCCAAUCAACUUUCUGAAGAGCUGUCCCUGAAGCUUUAUCCAUCGAUCACGAUCAGAGGAACGACCCACAGCUAUGGAUACUCGUUUUGGCUCAUUCUGCUCAUCAUUCUCCUAAAUGUACUCACUGUGGUCAUCAUCUUUUUCUACCAGAAAGCCCGAUCCCAGCAGAAGCAGGCGGAGAGAAAGCCUGUGGAGUAUGCUCCCAGGGAUGGAAUUUUGUUCUAAGUUCCAUUUGGUGUCAUUUUGUCAUUGUGUCUGUUCCACUUCACGUCAGCUCCCUGAGCAGUAACUGGUUAAUUUCUAUGACCACCAGUGUAGUAAAGUGACUGUCAUUUGUGGCAGCUUUGGUAUCCCAAGACACUGUUCUUCAUGGAUAUUGUCUUGUUGGUGUUUCCUUGCAAGAGUGGGGGAGAUGAGUG